AUGGAGCGUUGUACGGGACGCUGGGAUGUCGGGCCGCGCCGCGCCUCGCUGAAUCAUUGGGUUCAGCCCUGUCGUCGAGGCGGGCCGAUAGCAAUAUCGCUGAGUGCGGCACGAGCGAGUCCGCGCCUAAUUUACUACGCCAACGCCUGCCUUACUCUGAGACCCUGUCAACAAAGAGCGUGCGCUAUCAAGGCCGGAGCACAUGAUCGUCCGGUCGGGCGAUCGGGCCGAUUGUUUUGCGGGCAAUUAGCGCCGUUCGGUCCCGCACGUGUUCUGCGGUCCGGGACCGGCACCAGUCGCUCCGGUCGCCUUACUCGAGUUACUCGAGUUACUCGCCUUACUCGACUUACUCGCCGCUCGUCAGUGUACCGCGCGUGCCCCACGCGAACGGUCGUGCGCUCUGUCCGCUAA